AAUGACACCACGGCUGCAGCUCUUCAUCACUUUACUGCUUCACUUUGAAGCAGGAAUCAGUGAUGGACGAAUCGUUCUCCAUCACAGAGCUGGAGAUGACGUCGUUUUACCAAGAAAAUGCGAUUCAUCAUCCGACCCAUGUUCUCAUGUUCACUGGUUUUACAACAACAUUCAAAAUGGAAACACACAAGAUGAGAUUAUUGAUGGAAAUAUCAAGAAGACGUCACCUCGAGCUGACAGGAUGAGUUUGAGCAGUAACUGCUCUCUGAUCAUCAACAACAUCACUGCUGAAGAUGCUGGUCGUUACACCUGUAGGGUUGGAUAUGAUGCUUACUUUGACACACAUGUGUAUCUGAGUGUUUUAACAGUUUCUCCAUCUCCACCAGAUGUGGAUCCAGGAAGGGAUGGAGAUGUGACAUUACACUGUUCUCUGAUGAGACACAGUUUUUUGGGUCCCUGUGAGCAGAACAGCAUCAUCUGGGUGAAUGAGACAGGAACUGUGCUGCUUGGUGAAGGUGAUGGGUUUGUGUCUGGAGGACAGAACAACUGUGUUUCUGAUCUGAUUGUGAAACAUCAGAGAGGCUCCAAGAGAAGAUUCACCUGCCAGGUUGUUGAAGGAAACGGAGUGAAGAUAGAUGCUGAAUACACGCUGGACUUUACAGAUUCCAGUCUGAUCAAUACCAGACUGAUUAUUGGAUCGGUGGUCAGGGGGCUGAUGGUGGUUCUGGUCAGCAUUGCUACUUUUCUCAUCAUUUACAGGAUGAAACAGGUGAACAAUGAAGAAGAUGAUGAUGAUGAUGAUGUGGUGAACUAUGAAAACGAUACUUCUGUUUGAUCCACAGAUCUAUAAAUCAGCUGUGAAAAUAGAUCUGACCUGCAGUCGGCGCAGAAAUGAACUUAUCCCUUUUUACUGCAGCAAAAAACAUAUUUAUUGUUUAAUUAUCCAUCAAGGCCUGGAUUUAGAAAAAGUCUCUGCCUCCUUUUCACCGACUGAACUCAUUGUUUUUCUUUUCCUACAUGUAUGUAGAAUAAUUCUGACUUCUACAAUCGUAACAUUCAUUUUUAUCCGGAGUUUAUUUCUUCAAGAUGUCUCCCAAUGACGAGAGCAUCCUCAGUGGGGUUAAACAGGAUUUGUACAUUUUGUUGGAUAGUUUAAUCUUUUUAUCUCGUUAAAAUCCUUUUUUUACAGUGAAACUUGAAAUUGAACGAGUUUCUUGUCUGAAAACACACAGAACUAAGGUGGUGGAACGUUAGGAAGCUUCCCAUGAUGAGGUCACGAUUGUGUUAUUAAUGUAAGUCUGCCCGCUAAGAGUCUUUAAUCAGCCUGGCUACAGCACUGAAAAAACGUGGGCUUGUUAUUUUUCUCCUCUAGCAGUUCUAGCUUUGCUGAAAGGCUUUCUGAUAUCAGACUGUCUUUCCACGGUAAGCAGGUAAACAUUUUCUUCCAACGUUUCUUGAAGCGUGCUUUAAAACCCGCAGCUGUGAAUAAAACGAUGGAGCCAACCUCCUGCAAACAAAACGGUGGAUGAAUAUUUGAUCCUCCAACAAAACCGGUGAACAACUGCGCUAGUGUUUUUGUGUUGUACAUUACCAUGGAUAUUGUAACUCCAGUUCUUUCAAUGACUGCAGUCCCUCAGAGCAACUGAAGAUAAAUCGCUUUAACCUCACAAAUAUGGCGUCUUUUUGUAUUUUGGGGCUUUUUUUAUGUAAAUAAAAAUA